UUCAAAAACAAACCGUUAAAAGUAAGCUAUCAUUAUCAUCAGACGAUUCUGAUGCUAAUUCUAGUUCAGAAUUUAACAGUUCGAAUAGUUCUGAUGAUGAAGAUAGUUCGGAGUGUUCAAGUUCUGAUUGUUCAAGUAGUUCGGGUUCCGAUUCAGAUAGUUCUGAAAAACAAUCAGAGAGUUCGAGAAAUAAAGUAUUUGGUUCGAAAACUUCUGAUAUGCUGACAUUUGGUAGUAUCAGUACUCUUGGUAAUGAAAAAGAUUCAUCACCUUGGGGAUUUGCAGCUGUUGCUACGACUACCGAUUCAAAGAAAGUUGAUUUAUUCUCAACGAAAUCAGCUUCGAACACUAAUCCGUUUAGUGGUUUUACAGAGAAUAAACCUUUUGUUGAUAAAUCAAUCGAUGACAAAGCUUCGUCAACGACCUCGAAUUCUAGUAGUAGUAUUGAUAAAUUAAAACCUGGAUUCGGACAAUUAAAAGGUUUAUUCGAUGGUUUAUCACAUUUAUUUACAACACCCACACAUAGCCGAUCAAGAACGGCUCAAACACCUAAUUAUUCGUUAUCACGACGCAAACGUAAUGCAGAUAAAUCGGAAGAUGAUAAUAGAGAAGUUAUUGUUAAAAAAGUUGUGAAAGAAUUAUCACCACCUAAAAUAUUAUCUAAAACGGAACCUAAAUCCGAAUUAAAAACAAAAGAUAAAAUAGCAUCUAAAAUUGAACAAAGUAAUAAUAUUGUAAACUCGACUCCUCCUGCUCCUGCUGUGACAUCAAAACCUGAGAAUGCAAUUGGUAUUGCUACAAUUGUUAAAGAACAAUCAAAUAUUACAAUACCUCCUAAAAUUCCAAAACGUAUCACUCCUAUACCAGUACCUGCUACCAAUCUAACCCAAGAGAAAAAAGUACCGAGGCCAGGUAUUUUUGUACCGUCAACGUCAUCAAAUGAGGAUGAAAUACCUUAUUUGUCUCCAUCAAAUUUAGUUAAAACAGCUGUAAAUUCAAAGCGGCAUGAGCAAGAGCGACGUCGCUUAUUGAAAGGGGAUGCUGGGUUAGGGUUGAAUUCCCCAUUUAGAUCUAGUAUGGAGGAUUUACGGACUCAAAAGCGCACUUUAAAUGAUGGUGCUAUUCAUCUAAACAACUACAACUCAGUUGGACAGCAGUCAGCCAUCAAUCAGACGGAAGAAAUGAAGCAGUCUCUACCACCUGGUGUUACACAAAAGGAUGUGGAUUUAUUUAAAGAUACUCGAGAACGUGCUAAUUUGAUAACUCCAUCGGUUGUUAGUGCAGUAGCGUCCACAGAGAAUCAGACCCAGACCGCUACACCAAUACCAAAUUCACUAACUGUACUAAGUCCACCAUCACAAGCGAUUGCCACACAACAAAGAUGUCCAGCUGCUAUAGAAUUUGGCAAAUAUGAAAUACAAACAUGGUAUUCAAGUCCAUUUCCACAAGAAUAUGCUAGACUACCAAAACUAUUCUUAUGUGAAUUCUGUUUGAAAUAUACUAAAAGUAAAGCAGUGCUUGAACGACAUCAAGAUAAAUGCACAUGGCGACAUCCACCUGCCACAGAGAUAUAUCGAUGUCAAGAUAUCUCAGUGUUUGAAGUUGAUGGCAAUGUAAACAAAAUUUAUUGUCAAAAUUUAUGUCUGCUUGCAAAGUUAUUUUUAGAUCAUAAAACUUUAUAUUACGAUGUUGAACCAUUUUUAUUUUAUGUUUUAACUAAAAAUGAUAAGAAGGGAUGCCAUCUUGUUGGAUACUUUUCAAAGGAGAAACAUUGUCAACAAAAGUAUAAUGUUUCUUGUAUUAUGACAAUGCCACAGUAUCAAAGGCAAGGAUUUGGAAGAUUUUUAAUUGAUUUCAGUUAUUUAUUAUCCAAAGAAGAGGGGCAAGCUGGUACACCCGAAAAACCACUUUCAGAUCUUGGGCGUGUUUCAUACUAUGCGUACUGGAAAUCAGUGAUAUUAGAGUAUUUACACACUCAUCGUGUUGGCCCUUUAAAACUAUCAGAAAUAUCACAAGAUACGGGAAUGUAUUGCCAUGAUAUUGCUCUUGCGUUUCAAUUGUUAAACUUUGUACGAUACGUACCAUCCGAAAAUGGACCUAAAGCAAUCUUAUGCAUUGAUUGGAAGAAGGUUGAUGCUCAUAUGGAUCGUAUAUCAAAAUCGAAAACUCGAAUAUUUAUUGACAAAGAAUGCUUACGAUGGACACCACUAUUAACACCUACAGUGAAUCCAUUCCGAAUAGAAGAAAAAACUGAUCAGGAUUCUUCGGAGCCUAUUAUAGAAUCGCCUAGAUUAGAUGUUGCCAGUAUUAAAGAAGCAGAAGCUUUAAAUCGCGCUAGAAAUGGUGUAAAAAUAAUGCGACGUGGACGUAGAAAAAAGAAGCGAGGUGUCGCAGGUACUCCAGGCAGAAAGAGGAAGGAAGAAACGAUAGAGAAAGUUACACCAAAAGUAUCUCAGGAAGAAACACCAGAAACGCCUGACACUCUAUCUUUAUCUAAACGUAGAACAAGACCGAGUAAAUUAAAUGAAACACCUAAAGAAAAGGAAAAAAUCAAUGAAACUCCGAAACGUAAACGGGAAUUAAAUUCAUCAGGAGCUGAAAUGCAAAAGAAGAAAUUGAAAUUAGAAGAUUGUUCUACGCCUAAACUUCAAAAAGCGGCUCCAACACCUGUUGUUGAAAUUCCUAUUAUGAAAACUCCUCUUGUGAAAAAUAAACGUACUAGAGAAAGUGUAAAUACACCUUCAAAACCAAUUGAAGAAGUACCAGAAGUUAAAACACCAUUUAAAACACCACGAAAUCGUAAAGGAACACCUAAGAAAGGUGAAAGAUGGUCUCAACGACGUGAAAAGAAAUUGAAAUUAAAUGAAAAGGAAAAGAAUACUGAGGAGAUUAUUGAAACUCCUGUUGAAGAGGAAAAGAAAGAAGAAAAAGUUAUUGAAAAAGUGAUAAACGAUAGUAUCGAAUCGGUAUCUUCAGUUGAUGAAAAUACAUCUCCUGUUGUUGAACCUAUUUCAAAUACCCGGAAAAUUAAAACUGGAUUUAAAAAGAAACGUGGUUGGCUGAAAGGAAGAGCUAAGAAAUUGCCAACGUCGACAUCGAAACAGUUAACAUUACACGAAGCAUUAGAAAAAGCGAAAGAAAAAGAAGUUGUAUCUGAAUCUAAAGAUAAUAAAAAACAAGAUAAAUUGGAAAUUGAGGAAAAACCAGAGAAACUCAUCACCCCACCUAAAAAGGAAGAAAAACCUGUUGUAUCUCAAGAAGUUAUUAAGAAAUCUGAAAUUAGUACACCGAUUACUAGUCGAAGAAAUAGUUUAGAAAAACGAAAAAAGAAAAUUAAACAUUCUGAUGAAGAAGAUUCAAGCGCAGAAGCAGACGAUGAGAUGGAUGAUGACGAUAAAAUUCCAUGUAUUAAAGAUAGAUCUUUAUCCCCUCCUCCAAAACUUAAUCCAAUUCCAACUGCACCACCAAUAGAAUCAAAAUCAGAGCCAAAACAACAAAAACUUGAUGAAAAACAAGGUUUGGAUUUGAAAGAUAAUUCUGAGGAUUCAAUAAAAGAACAAUCUGAAGAAAUCAAAUCAAAUGAAGGUUCUAAUGAAGUUGAAAAAAGUCUAGAAACAAAGGUUUCAGAAGAUUCAUCAGCAUUAGAAAAUGUUACACAAGAACAUGAAAAGAAGGAAACUGAAGAUAUAAAAAAAACAGAAAGGGUUGAAAACAUCACAGAUUCAAACGAUAAAUUGAAUAAAUCUAAAGAAGAGAAUGAUGAUUCAUCAGAGUCCGAAGUAGAAAUUGACGGUCAAAAAAUCAAAAGUAUUAAAGAAAUUUAUGAAAUAGCUAAACAAGAGAAUAUUAAUAUUGAGGAACCACCAUCGGAGAAAAUACAAGAACAGAAUAUGUCUGAACCAACUACAGAAUCGAAAACAUCAAGCACAGUAAUGGAUGUAUCCAAAGAAGAUGAUAUACCCAAAAUUGAAGAAAUUAAAUCACAAGAAAUUGAUGAAAAUUCUAAGAAUGGUGAAGAUGAAAUAACUAGACGUGUCCCUGAAGAACCAGAAGUUGAUCCCGAAGAGACAAAGUUGCCAAGUCCAGAACCGCUAAUUAACACAUCAGAGGAUAAACAAAUAGAAAAUAAAAAUUCAGACGAUCAAAUAAAGAAAGAUCAUCAAUUAUCAUUUUCAAAUCAACCAGAUAUCAAGAAAGAUCCACAAUUAUCAUUUUCAAAUCAUUCAGAUAUCAAGAACGAUCAACCUUUAUCAUUUUCAAAUCAUUCAGAUAUCAAGAAAGAUCAACCAUUAUCAUUUUCAAACCAAUCAGAUAUUAAGAAUGACCAACAAUUAUUAUUUUCAAACCAAUCAGAUAUCAAGAAAGAUCAACAAUUAUCAUUUUCAAACCAAUCGGAUAUCAAGAAAGAUCAACAAUUACCAUUUUCCAACCAAUCAGAUAUCAAGAAAGAUCAACAAUUAUCGUUUCCAAAUCAAUCAGAUAUUAAAAAAGAUCAACAAUUAUCAUUUUCAAAUCAAUCAGAUAUCAAGAAAGAUCAACAAUUAUCAUUUUCAAAUCAAUCAGAUACUAAGAAAGAUCAACAAUUAUCAUUUUCAAACCAACAAAAUAUGCAAAAUUUCAAUAAUCCAAUCCCUGAAAUGAAACUUAAUGAAACUAAAACAAAUGUUAGUGAAGCCCCAAAAGAAGCUAAAAAAGAGACUAUUCCAUCAAUUUCUCCACCCAUAAAAGAACAACCGCCAACAAUUAAAGAAGAAAAACCUCAAAUAAUGAUGGAACCAGAGAAAAUUACAACACCAAUAAUUAAAAAACCUCAUAAAGAAAUAUACAAACCAACUUAUGUGGAACCGGAAAAACAAUCAAAUAUUCAGGCAUCCCAUACCCAAAAACUUUCACAAAUGGAAACGGAAUAUUCCAUUCCAAACUAUCAUAACUCUCAACCACAGUAUCAUCAAUGGCAACAUUGGGAUCCAGCACGAAUACCAUGGGAACAAAAUCGUUAUUACGAUAUGAAAAUGUUUGAUCCAGCCAAUCGUGAUUAUUUAAACUAUGCAAUACCAAAUCAUCCACCAUUCGAAAGUUUACAUAAGAAAAUUGAAGAUAAAGCUGCAUUAAAAGCUCAUCGACAUGAGCGUAAAGAUAAAAAAUUACAAGAUAAUAAAAAUGAUAAACGUACAAAAGAUGAAACUAAAAACUUAUGUACACAACAAGCGGAACUUCAAAAGAAUAAAACAAUUGCAGAUAAUUUAAAGCAAUCAAUGCAACAAAAAAUUAUUGAUCAACAUUUAAACAGUCAAAGUUUAUCAAAUCACCGAAUGGAUUUACAUUCACCGAAAGAAAUCAGUGCAACAAUUACAUCACAACACAAUACACAUCUUACAAAUACUUCAAAUCAUAUGCAAAUUAAACAAGAAGAUAAGUCAAAUUUACAUAUGAAAUCAGCAAAAUGUUCUGAAUCCAUGGAUAUGUCAAUGAGUGGGGGUGGGGGAGCUACAACGGAAUCAAUGCAAUCACAUAAUGCAUUAAAACAACAUACAUCACCGUCCGAUAUCAGUUCAAUGGGAGUUUAUACACCUGAUUCAACAACUAAUUCUGUACAUAGUCUACAUUAUGGGCAAUGUGAUUUAGAUGUAAGCCAUUUGGGCUUAGAAUCACCAACAUCAAUAUCCAGUGAUAUGGCAUCACAGAAUUCAGUGGAAUCAGCAAGACCUCCAUCAGUUGUACCACCAAAUCAACAACAACAACAGCAACAACAAUCAUCACAAAAUUCAAGCAAUCAACAACAAUCGAAUUAUUCAGAUUGUUCGGUGCAACAUAAUAUGCAUAAUUUACAUAAUAUUCAUAGUAAUUCUAGUCCACAACAAAAUUUAAAUGCAACACAACAACAAAGUUUACACACAAAUAUGUCAAUUAUUAAUCAAAAUCAAACAAGUGUGCAACAACAACAACAACAACAACAUCAACAACAACAACAACAACAACAGCAGCAGCAGCAACAACAACAACAACAACAACAACAACAACAGCAACAACAACAGCAGCAGCAGCAACAACAACAGCAGCAACAGCAACAACAACAAUCAACUUCGAGUAAAAGACAAUUACAACAACAUAGAAAUCGUUCGAAUACACCAUCGUCAAGUAAACAGCAUUCUAAUAUUCGAGCAACCCCACCAAGUGGUGGUAAUAUUCAACAGCAACAGCAUUCAACAGUACAACAACAAUCCCAAAGACACGCAAGAGCAACACCACCCGCAAUACUUUCACAUCAACAUUCAGUACAAACAAGUCAACAUAAUCAACAAGCCGCUGUAAAUAUGCAACAAUCUGCUGUGUCCGCAGCAAAUCAACAUCAGUUACAUUUACAACAAGUAGCAAUGCAUCAAACGUAUGCAGCCGCUGCACACCAUCAAACAAAUUACUUGCCACAAAUGGUUGUAUCACAAGCAUUUCCACCGGGUUCACAGGGGGGAGCCACUGGUUCAACUCAUGUUAGUGUACCGAUGAGUUCUGUUAUACAGCAUCGUAUGAACGCAUCACAUCAACGACUUGGUUCGUCAGCAGCUUGUGCCAAUGUGACUGCAGCCAAUUUUUAUAUUCAAACUCCAGGACCAGUGCCAACGCCUGCGCCAACUCCAACCUCACAAAUGAAUUCACAAAAUAAUACAGGUACUAGUGGAAAUACAAGUUGUAGUUUAGCAAAAUUACAACAAUUAACUAAUGGUUUGGAUUUAAUUCCACCUUCUUGUAAUUCCACACCACCAGCUUCCAUGAAUCUAACACCACCGCCCACACAUCAUCCACAUGCAACAAUGACACCACCUCCCACAUCACAUCAGAUGUUACAACAGCAAUCACUCCGCCAUUUAUCAACAUCACCGUCAUCAAUUCCAUCCAAUCUACAGACGCAAGUUACUUUGGCGGGCUACCACAAAUAUUAUCCAACAAACAUGAAUCAAUUAAGUGGCACUGUCACGCCACCGAUUGGAUCACAAAAUUUACGACGUAAUUCUAGUGCAAAUGUUGUAACAAAUGUGCAACAUAUGCAAUCGCCAACAAAUCGAGUCAGUCCAAAUGUGGCAGCAUUAAAUCCAAAUUUAAUGGCACAAUAUUCCCCAAUAAAUGGAUAUCGAAUGACUGCCCAACAAUCAGCUGGUACCGUGACUGGUUACAUCACAAACACUCCAGCUGGAUUUAUAAACACACCCGCACAAAUUCCAAUGCAAAUGGGUGUGAUGAAUAUGACUCAAACACAAUACCAAGAUCCUGCAGCUAUACAACGAGCGGCACAACAAAAUGUGUACACUACAUAUAGUUACAUAAAUGGAAGUCUAAUGCAACCAUUAAAUGGGACUAUGAGAAGAUAAGAUUUAGUUUGGACCUGUGUUACGUUCCAGAAAUCAGUGGUAUGUGUAAAUAGUUGUACACUUGCUACAAACUCCUCAAAUAUUAAUAAUGUGUAAAUAAUAUAAUCUUUUAAAAUUUGAACUGAAUCAAAACCAGAUGACUGAAUAAUAAUAUGAAGAAGACCUUUAUUAAAAAAAAAAAAAAAAAAAAAAAGUCGCCUCAAACAAUUCAUUUUUAUGAAAAAUAAAAAUCUUUAAUUCUAGAUUUUAGAAGAUAGCGUGUUGAAUUUUUAGUGUUUAUAUUGAUUGUAAAUAGCAAUUUUAUAGAUAAGUAUUAUUAUUAUAUGGAUGGUUAGUUUUCUGAUCCAAUUGUAUUUUUAGUCUGGGUAAUACAUUCAACAAACAUUUAUUAUUAUUUUGCACAGUUUUAAUUCAACUAUAAGAAUCAUUCUGGAACAGAACUUCUCAUAACAGCAUCCAAAAAUAUUGGGAAAAUGUUUAUAGACCACAAACCCAUGCUGAAUUUUCGGGUGAAAUGACUCACCAGGAAUCAUGUUGAAAAAAAUGCUCCCAUAUGUAAAAGUUAAUUUAAGUACCAUGGUGUCAUUUUUGCGCGGUACAAGUGAAUACAGGUGAGAAUAUGAAUGUUCCAUCCCUUGCUAUCUCACCUGCUGCACCAGCAAAUAUGUACGGCGUUGCCGGAUACUAACUCUGCAUACGUAUCCGAAGCGAAUUACAUAAAUUCCGUACAGAAAUAAAAGGGCAAUUUCCGAAGCUAUGCGUGUUUAUUUCUGUAUGGCAUUUAUAUAAUUUCCUUCGAAUACCUAUGCAGAGUCAGUAUCCAACAACACCGUACAAAUUUGGUGGUGCCGGGGUCAGAUAGCAAGGGGUGUGACAUUCAUAUUCUCACCUGUACUCACUUGUCCUGCGCAAAAAUGACACCAUAGAGCUUAAACUUACUUUUACAUAUAGGAGGGUCUUUUUCAACAUGAUUCCCGAUGGAUUAUUUCACCCGAAAAAUUUCAGCAUAGGCUUGUGGUCUAUUAUUAAUUUAUUGUGAAAAUGCUUAAAGCUGUUGUCUCAUUACGGGCAUAGUGUCAGAAAAUUUUAAUUAAAAAAAAAAAAUUUAUUAAGGAGUUAUAUCCAGAGUGCAAAAGAAUACGUUUUUUUUUUGGGGGGGAAGACCAUUUAUUUUACAUAAAUAUAAAAACGUAUACAUAUGGGACAUUAAUUA